CGCGUAAGUUAUUGUUUCAUCAAUACUUCAUUGAUUCGAGGCAUUUAUUUGUGAUUGAAUAAUAUUAAAAAUUAUUCGAAUUACCUAUUUAUAAGAAUAAAUUAAACAUAUGAGCAAAUCUAAGGUAUCAGCAGAAUGGAAGAAACGUGUAAAAACGGAGUACAUGCGUCUUCGACAAGUAAAGAGAUUCAAGCGGGCUGACGAAGUUAAGGUAGCAUGGGCUCGGAAUUUGCGUUUAAUGUCCGAGGCUAUAGAGUCUCGAGAAAAUGAGUUUUCCGAGCGAGGACGGCGACCAUUCUGGCCUCCUCCUGCUCCAAGCUCGAGCCAUGAGAGUCUCAUGAAGCGAGCUGAAAUUACCCACACGGAUGGUACAGGUGUGGUAACAACACAGCAAGUGCCGAUCAGAAUCAUAAAUUCUGUUAAUCCAAUACCAACAAUGUAUACCUGGGCACCAACACAAAAGAACUUUAUGGUGGAAGAUGAGACUGUACUCCACAAUAUUCCUUACAUGGGAGAUGAGGUGCUGGACCAGGAUGGUACAUUCAUCGAGGAGCUCAUAAAGAACUACGAUGGGAAAGUGCAUGGUGACAAAGAAGGUGGUUUCAUAGAUGACCAGCUAUUUGUAGAUUUGGUCCAUGCCCUAGUAGCGUAUCAGACCAAGGAUGAAGUGGCUGAGGAAAGAAAAGAGCGGGAACUGCGUAAUUCAAAAGAUGAGAAAGAGAAGGAAGCCACAAAAGAUCAAAAAGAUAAAGAUAAGGAUAAAGAGGACGUCAAAGAUGGAGAAAAGAAAAUUACUCACGAGAAACAGUUUCCGAUAUUCGUCAUCUUCCAGGCCAUCGGGUCUCAAUUUCCAGAUAAGGGUACCGCUCAGGAGCUCCGAGAGAAGUACGUGGAGCUGACGUCCCGCAGCGACCCCAACGCGCUGCCGCCCGAGUGCACGCCCAACAUCGACGGGCCGCUGGCCGAGUCCGUGUCGCGCGACCAGACCAUGCACUCCUUCCACACGCUGUUCUGUCGCCGCUGCUUCAAGUACGACUGCUUCCUGCACCGCCUACAAGCAUGUCAUCCCCGACCGAACUUAACGAAGCGAAAAGGUCCAGAUUUGAAACCAUUUUCUGAACCUUGCAGUCCAAGCUGUUUUAUGUUACUGGAGGGCGUCCGCGAGCAGCUGGCGCGCGAGGCGGCGGACGACAAGCCGCUGGCGCUCGACUCGCCCAACGACGCGUCCUCCGAGGACAGCAACGACAGCAACCGCUACCAGAAGGGUAGCAACAGCAACUCCAGCAACAGCAACUGGAGCUCGAACGGAAACAACAAGCCCGCCGACUCGCCGGCAGAGGCCGCUUAUAACGCACUCGGUUUGACGGUGGGCGAUGAAUCCGAGUGGACGGGCUCAGACCAGUCGCUGUUCCGGUCCCUGCACAAGGUGUUUCCCGCGAACUACUGCGCAAUCGCCCAGGUCAUGCUGUCGAAGACUUGCCAACAGGUGUACCGGCACUGGACGGAGACGGGGCGCGAGUGCUGCGGCGUGCAGGCCGAGUGCACCCCGCCGCGCAAGAAGAAGAAGAAGCACCGCCUGUGGUCCGUGCACUGCCGCAAGAUACAGCUCAAGAAGGACUCCGCCUCGCACCACGUAUACAACUACACACCGUGCGAUCACCCCAACCAGCCCUGCGACAAUAUGUGCCCCUGUCUACAGUCGCAGAACUUUUGUGAGAAGUUUUGUCAGUGCAGCAGCGACUGCCAGAACCGCUUCCCCGGCUGCCGCUGCAAGGCGCAGUGCAACACGAAGCAGUGCCCGUGCUACCUGGGCGUGCGCGAGUGCGACCCCGACCUGUGCACGGCGUGCGGCGCCGACGCGCCCGCGCCGCCGCUCGCGCCGCCGCUCGCGCAGCGCCUGCCGCUCUACUGCCGCAACGUGUCCGUGCAGAGGGGCCUGCACAAGCACCUGCUGCUGGCGCCGUCGGACGUGGCCGGCUGGGGCAUCUUCCUCAAGGAGGCCGCGCACAAGAACGAGUUCAUCUCGGAGUACUGCGGCGAGAUCAUCUCGCAGGACGAGGCGGACCGACGCGGGAAGGUCUACGACAAGUACAUGUGCUCCUUCCUGUUCAACCUUAAUAAUGAUUUCGUGGUGGACGCGACACGCAAGGGUAACAAGAUCCGUUUCGCCAACCACUCCAUCAACCCGAAUUGUUACGCCAAGGUGAUGAUGGUGAACGGCGACCAUCGCAUCGGCAUCUUCGCCAAGCGCGCCAUACAGCCUGGCGAGGAGUUGUUCUUCGACUACAGAUAUGGACCAACAGAGCAGCUGAAAUUUGUUGGUAUCGAAAGGGAGAUGGAAUUUUUAUGAGAACAAACCAAACAACGACCAGAAUGACCGAAAUGUUGGUCUAAAAGUGACUGAUAUGUCAGUGUCUGGUUGAACAUUGUGUGGUGACAAUUACAGAGUUGACUUUCAUUUGUUUUUAUUGACUUAUUGUUGCUUUUAAAAUCUUUAGAUAUAACUAAUUAAAUAUUAGUUUAUCUGCAAUGGAAGUACAGUUAGAAAUAUUAGUCAUAAGGAUUUUCUACAUGUUUAAUCUAGUUGAUUAAGUUUUUUAUUAAGAUAUAUAAUAGUGAUUGUUAUAUGCAAUUCAGUUUAAUUAACCUUUGAUAAUCUCGAC